AUGUCACCCCACACCGGGCGUCCUCUUCGUCCCAUCUUCACUCGUCUACCCUUCGCCGUUUCUCUUCCAGACGCAACCAUUGUCAUCGUCGGCCACGCCGGCACUCUGGACGCCGUUGUGCGUCCUCUGCUUCGUCGAGACCGACUCCUCUUUUCCGGCCCCCCGCGCAACCUCUCCGGUAGCUCAUUGCUUCACUACCUGCCAUGGCGACUGCAAUCCCGAAAUCUGUCUGGUUGCCAUCAGUUGUCUCGUGGCUGUUCGCUGGCCAACUCCAGCUCUUCCACCAGCGAUGCUUCUGCUACUGAAAAUCCGUCGGCUGGUAAGUCCUGCCUCUGCAGCAUGAACGAGGCGAUUGCGAAGCGCUGUUCCGCAGUGCCCUAUUGUGGUCUUGUCAUGCUUGAAGAGCGCCUUCGUCGCAGACGUGCUUCAGGGCCCGGUUGCCUUGCCACUUCCAGCUCUCCUCUAGGGACGGACAACUCCGGUCUUUCCACCUCAUCCUCUUCGUCGUCCCCGUUGGAUCGGUCACACUCCACUGGCGCCGGAGAAGACAUCUACCUCGGCGAACUCGCCAAUGGGCUGGCGUUACAGUCAGCAAACGAAGUGACGCACACCGGUUUUAGGGAGCAGAGAUGCCCAUCGAAUCGUCGUUGGCACUUGGUGGAGCCUCCGUGUGCACUUGGCUUUACACACCAGGCCAACCCCAGCAUGGACUGGCGUAUCUUCAAGCGAUAA